AUGCGGGUGUGUUUAGUUUGCAACCAGUUCGGUCGCGGAGUGAUCGCUAUGCUGGGAGCCGUCACGCCGGACUCGUUUGACACGCUACACUCGUACACCAAUACGUUCCAGAUGCCGUUUGUCACACCAUGGUUUCCUGAAAAGGUCAUCCCACCGUCGUCGGGUCUCAUUGACUAUGCAGUCAGUAUGCGUCCGGACUACCACCGCGCAGUCAUCGACACCAUUACUUAUUACGGAUGGAAGAACGUCAUUUAUAUCUACGAUUCUCACGACGCAAAUGUAUUUAGCACAAUUGAUGAUAAGCCGUGUUUGAGUCCAGACACAAAGAUAGCCUGUUGCAGUUUCAACUUCCACUAUCACAAUACAUCAGCCAUCCUCACCUUGAGGGUUUCGAAGAUGGUGGCAAUUUUCACAACUAAUAUUGACGGGCUGAUGACAUCCAAAGGUUCCAACAUAUUGAAUUGA